UCAGUCGUCCAGCACUGGACUCCUCUCUCCUCUCCUCAGCUCCGUCUCUCUGGGCGAAAUCUCUUCUGCUAGAAUGAGGACUCUGUCUGCUCUGCUGAUGGUGCUGCUGCUCUGCUCUGUCCAGCAGGUCUACAGUGGUAAUCAAGACGCCAACACCCCAGCAGAGUGCUGUUAUGGGUUUCUGAGAGUAGAGAUCCCCCUAAAGCGCAUCGCAUCCUACAGAUGGACCAGCAGCAACUGCCGUCAAAAAGCUAUUAUCUUGCGCACGGUCAUUGGAAAGCAGUGGUGUGCGGAUCCUGACGCCUCCUGGGUUAAAGAACACAUGAAGAAGCUACAAUCCUGAAGCGUCUCUCUCUCUCUCUCUCUCUCUCUCUCUAUAUAUAUAUAUAUAUAUAUACACACACACACACACACACACACACACACACACACACACACACACACACACACACACACACACACACGCACACACACACUCUCUAUAUUUUCAACAUAAAGGCCCUGAUCUACAUUGGCUAUGAGAUCAUAAUCAUUUACACUCCCUUUUUCUUCAUUAGGGAUUGUUUUCUUUGAGAGUGACUGUAUUUCCACAAAGGUGCCUCUUUCUUUCUUUCUUUCUUUCUUUCUUUCUUUCUUUCUUUCUUUCUUUUACAUGUCAGUGUAAAAAUCCUUCAUUUUUAAUACUUAAAGUCUCUUAAAGACGUAAAAAGAAAUUCAAGCAAAACUAGAAAAGGAAAGUUUAUGAGCUUUAAGGUGGCUUGACAAAGGCAGAUAAUAACGCUAUUGGAAAAGUUAAAGCAGUGGUUCGUAUAUUAAUUCUAGGUAGUUAUAACGGUGUUGCUAUGAAGUUGACACAGGGUUCCAUCUUACUACUAAGGAAUUGCUUAAUGGUUGUUAGGUGGUUCCACAAGCGUUGCUAGGCUGUUGCUAUACUGUCCCAGGUGGUUGCUAAGGCAUUGCAGGCAUAGUUGUAGAAUGGUGACACAACAGGAUUUUGGCUGACUGUAGUGGAAUAAGUUUGUGUAAUGCACCUGCUACAUUCCUGCAGUUCAUGCUGGAAAUUCACCACUGCCCCACCUGUUUUUCCCGCUUUGCACUAUAAUGCUUUAAUACUUCAUACCGACAAUGUUUGCUGUCCAGUGUUGACUGUAGGAGGAUGGGCUCCACUCUGAGUCUUGGUUCCUCUCAAGGUUUCUUCCUCCUGCCCUUAGGGAGUUUUUCCUUGCCACCGUCGCCACUGGCGACGCUCAUGGGGGCUUGGACCGGAUUUUCUCUUAUCUUUUCUCUCUGUACUGAUUGUUCUGUAAAGCUGCUUUGUGACGACACCUGUUGUAACAAGUGUUAUAUAAAUAAACUGCUUGUACUCCAGUCUGUGCCUCACUGUGCUGCGUAUCUAGGUGAUGUGGUGGUCUACACAUCUACCUGGGCCAAGCACAUUCACACCUUACAGGCAGACUUUUGACAUUUAGACCAAGCCUCUUUGAUUUUGAAUCUUCCUUAAUGGGAAUUUAGCAAGGCAACUAUUCUGUACUUGGGCAGAGAGCUAAGUCAGGGUAUGGGUCGGACCCCAACUGAAAGUUCAGGCUGUUCUUCAGCACCCUGUUCCACGUACUAGAUGUGAAUCGCGCCGAUUCUAAGGAAUGGCAGGGUCUAAAGAAAUUUUAGUAAUUGUGUUUCUUUAAUAAAUGAAAAAAAUGUAUUAUGUUUAGCUUUUUAUGUCAUUUUCCAGUGCUGACUUUCUGUCUGAGGGGCCAAAAUGGGCUGGAGGUUAGGGAACCAGCCUCAUGACCGGGAGGUCGUCGGUUCGAUCCCCAGAGCUGAUAAUACAGGACUGAGGUGUCCUUGAGCAAGACACCAAACCCCCAACUGCUCCCCGGGUGCU